AUGUCUUUCCUCUCCGUCCUGCCCCACGUCCCGACGCUCUCCACUCCGCCCCACGCCCCGCCACUCUCCGUCCUGCCCCACGUCCCGACGCUCUCCACUCCGCCCCACGCCCCGCCACUCUCCGUCCUGCCCCACGUCCCGACGCUCUUCACUCCGCCCCACGCCCCGCCACUCUCCGUCCUGCCCCACGUCCCGACGCUCUCCACUCCGCCCCACGCCCCGCCACUCUCCGACCCGCCCCGCGUCCCGACGCUCUCCACUCCGCCCCACGCCCCGCCACUCUCCGUCCUGCCCCACGUCCCGAAGCGCUCCCCACCGCCCCACGCCCCGCCACUCUCCGUCCUGCCCCACGUCCCGACGCUCUCCACUCCGCCCCACGCCCCGCCACUCUCCGUCCUGCCCCACGUCCCGACGCUCUCCACCCCGCCUCACGCUCCCUUUCCCCGCCAAAUCAAUGAGCUAUGGCCCCGACGCUCUCCACUCCGCCCCACGCCCCGCCACUCUCCGACCCGCCCCACGCCCCGCCACAUUCUGUCCCGCCCCCCGCUCCCUCGCCCCGCAAAAUCAAUUCGUUAUGGCAUGGACCACUACGGAUAUAGUGGAGAAGAGGUGGACAAGGUGCGGUGCUGUCCCGGGAGGGAGGACUAA